AUGAAACCUGUUAGUCUUGCGGUUAAAAUAGUGUCACUAUUAUUCCUACUAGGAUCCUUGCUAUGUCUUAUUCUAACUCUCAUCAUCGGUUCUUCCAAUAGCUCUGCUUUAGGAAAGUUCUAUUGGCUUGAAACCGAUUGCUCACAAUAUUCAGGUUCUCCUAUUCAAGGUCGUUGUCGGUGGACCUCUUACGGUCUUUGUGGGGUUGGCUCUGAUGGUAAGAAUACGGGCUGCACUAAAAGCAAAGCAGCCUAUCCUUUCUCUCCUAAGAAUAACUUCAAGACUACCAAAGAUGUUCCUUCAGCUUUCAUCAACAACAGAAAUAAGUACUUCUAUAUGAGCCGUAUUGGUUGGGCAUUUUCCCUUAUCGGUCUCUUCUUUUUGGUGUGCUCUAUUAUCCCGUUCAUCAUCUACAUAAUCCUUCAUAAAGGCUUGAAAUGGGUCUUCAUAGGAUUUUAUUCUGCUGCCUUCAUUUUUACUGCCGUCAGUAUGGCUCUUUCCACUGCUGUUUAUGCCAGUGGUAAGUCAGUCUUUCACCAUGACGGAAAUAGCGCAAAAAUUGGACCUCGUGCUCUAACUACUGCAUGGAUCUCCGUUGGUUGCUUCAUUGUGAACUUUUUCUUGAUUUCUUACUUGGCUGCCCAAAGAGAUAAUUCUUAUAGGACUCCUGAUGCCUACGAUGAAUAUGGCAAUGAAAGGAAGGGCUUCUUCCAUCGUCUGGUUCACCCCAAAGAGGAAUAUCCUGCGGUAGCUCCUGCAGAUGAACCUAUUAUGGGUGACAGACUUUCGUAUCUCAGUCAACAGGCUGAGCAAAAUAACGGGGCCCGUUUUAUGGACUCUGUGAAUGUCGAUAAUGAUGCUGUAGCUGCCCAACCAUCCGUUGAAGAAAAGCAGAAAGUGUCCAGGUUUAAGAGACUGUUCACGACUCCGGUUAAGGCUCCAAAGAGUGGUAAUGAACUAUCAGCAAAUGCUUCUCCUCCUCCGCAAUAUGCUAGUCCUUCAGCUGAUGGCCAGUACGAACAGCAAGUACAAAAUGUUAUGAAGAGACUUGAGCAGGAGAAAGCAGAAGCCGUUGCCAAUACAUGA